GCCAACAAUGCGCCAUGACUGAGAGCGCCAAAAGCAACGCUAGUAAGCGAGAGUAGUUUAUCUGCUUCGCUUCGACAUCUCCGCCUCUUCAGCGGAUCUCUCGAGACGAAUCCGUAUAUAAACGCAGCACUCUCUCUUUCUCUUCUUCUUCAAAUAGCUCCUCUCUCUCUCUCUCUCUCUCUCUCUCUCUCUGUCGAAACCCUAGCAAUCUCAGAAAAUGCAGGCCUCCAUGUCCCUCUCCCUCUCUUCUCCCUUGGCCAUCUCCAGAUCCAAUCGACCCGUUGAAUACUCCUCCUUCAACGCCUCGAAGCUUUCAUACCUCAGAUUCUGCGGUCUCCGAAAAGAGGCCCUAGGAUUCUCCGCCUCCAAACGGUCCGAUUCCAUUCGAAUUGCGCGGUCUACGCGUUCCUUCUCCAAGAGGCCUUCCGCUUCGUUGUCGGGGAAUGGCGGCCUGGAGAAGGGAUUCGAUUACGAUAUGGUUAUCAUUGGAGCUGGCGUCGGCGGACAUGGAGCUGCAAUUCAUGCUGUCGAGAAGGGUCUGAAAACUGCCAUCAUUGAGGGUGAUGUGGUUGGAGGAACAUGUGUAAAUAGAGGUUGUGUUCCUUCUAAAGCUCUUCUUGCUGUGAGUGGUCGGAUGCGAGAGUUUCAGAGUGAGCAUCACCUAAAGGCCUUGGGUUUACAGGUUGCAGCUGCUGGUUAUGAUAGACAAGGUGUUGCUGAUCAUGCAAAUAAUCUAGCUUCAAAAAUUCGUAGUAACUUGACCAAUUCAAUGAAAGCUUUAGGCGUAGACAUAUUGACAGGUGUUGGCACAGUGUUGGGUCCACAGAAGGUGAAAUAUGGAAAAGUUGGCUUCACUGACACGGUAAUAACAGCAAAAGACAUAAUCAUUGCUACUGGCUCUGUUCCCUUUGUUCCUAAUGGCAUUGAAGUUGAUGGGAAGACUGUAAUUACAAGUGAUCAUGCGCUCAAGCUGGAGUUUGUUCCAGAUUGGAUAGCUAUUAUAGGAAGUGGUUAUAUUGGCCUUGAGUUCAGUGAUGUGUACACAGCCCUUGGAUGUGAGGUUACUUUUGUUGAAGCUCUAGAUCAACUUAUGCCUGGCUUUGAUCCUGAGAUAGGGAAGUUGGCCCAGAGAGUUCUCAUUAAUCCAAGGAAAAUCGAUUACCAUACAGGUGUCUUUGCAAAAAGGAUCACUCCAGCAAAGGAUGGAAAACCUGUCUUCAUUGAACUUAUUGAUGCAAAGACAAAGGAACCAAAAGAUACUCUGGAGGUGGAUGCAGCACUCAUUGCAACUGGAAGGGCACCAUUCACAAAAGGUCUUGGCUUGGAGAAUAUAAAUGUAAUAACGCAGCGUGGAUUUAUUCCUGUUGAUGAGCGGAUGCGAGUAAUCGAUGCAGAUGGCAAUCUGGUUCCUCAUUUAUAUUGCAUUGGUGAUGCAAAUGGAAAAAUGAUGCUUGCUCAUGCUGCUAGUGCACAAGGGAUCUCAGUUGUUGAGCAACUUUCUGGGAAGGAUAAUGUGCUAAACCAUUUGAGCAUUCCAGCAGCCUGCUUCACGCACCCUGAAAUCAGUAUGGUUGGCCUGACAGAGCCACAAGCCAAGGAGAAAGCUGAAAAGGAGGGAUUUGAAAUAAGUGUAACCAAGACCAGUUUUAAGGCUAACACGAAGGCCCUAGCAGAAAAUGAAGGGGAGGGGCUAGCUAAGUUGAUAUACAGACCAGACACAGGUGAGAUUCUUGGAGUUCACAUUUUGGGGCUGCAUGCUGCCGACCUCAUCCAUGAAGCAUCAAAUGCAAUUGCCUUGGGGACACGUAUUCAGGACAUAAAAUUCGCUGUUCAUGCACAUCCAACCUUGUCUGAAGUACUUGAUGAACUCUUUAAAUCUGCCAAGGUUAAUGUUAGCGUUUCUCAUUCAGCCGCCGAACCAGUUGCAGUCUAAAGUUUGGUUACAAUCCAUAUAAAUUUAUGGAGUUUUCUUUGUAGUUUGGAAUACGGAGGGGCAGAUUUCGUCCCAUAUAAUGUUCGAGCCAUCUAUGUCGAAGAAAAAUAAGUGUUGCUGAUGUCAUCGAUGGUGCUGAUCUUUGGGAAAGAAUUAGGUUCUAUUUUUUCUGGUCGGAGAUAUCUUAGUUUUGCAAUUUUGUGCUUUAUGUUGAGGAACCUUUAUUCUCUGGCAAUUUUUGUACUAUGAGCUUUAUUUAAAAUAAUUAUUUUUGGUGCAUCAAACUGGACUUGUA